CAAGAGACAUGUGUUUUAUUUUGUGUUGAAAAUUGUGAUCAAGAACUGAAGAUUCCUAAGAGGGACUCCAUCAUGAUGAGGUUUAUGCUUGAAAACCCUGAUGUGGCUAGGGGCUUUGCUAAGGGCGAUCGUGUUGUGAUUGCCGAGAAGUGGCAGAAAUUACACCAAGAAUUAAACUCGGCAGGUCCUCCCACUAAGCACCUGCAAGCAUGGAAAAAGAUUUGGGUAAAUCGGCAAAAUUCAAUUCGUGCAAAGCUAGCAAAGGAUCCCUUUGGCGAUAAACUGUCCAGCAGUGAGAAGGCGGUGGCCAGCAUCUGUGAGUUGCACAUUUCGAAGCAGGAAGUCAAUAGGAGCCGCAGGAUCAAGACCGUCCUCAAGAAGGAGCCCCAGGACAAGAAGCCCUUUGUCAAAAAGGAGCCUCUGUCAGAGGACGAAAAGGAGAACCAUCUGAAUGAAACAGAGGACACCAAGUUCCCCUUGCCUGGAUUCUCCGCAUACUUUUCCACCCAACACGGAUCCUUACCCCUUACUUCCGACUCAAAUCUAGAGAUAGGGAAAAUUCUUCAAACUAUUGUUUCUCAGCAAGCCGAGCAUUAUCGCAAAAUAGAGGCAAUCGAAGAAAAAAAACUAGAAGUAACCAAGAAAAUUUCGGAAAAUUUUGCCAAGCUAGUCAAUAAAUAAAGAAGAAAUGGAACAAAUGGAAUAUGGAUUAUUCAAACCUGAAUAUAGGUGAAAAAGUUUGAAACUAACAGAAGUAUCUAAAGACUACAGAAAAUAAAAUAAACCUGAAUAUGGUUGUGAUCAAAGGUUUCCUUUGAAAUGAAAUAAAUUGAAUUGAAAUUGAAAUUAAAAUAAGCAUUUGGAAAGUAUAAAAAGUAAUGUACU